GUUGCGGACACGCUGUUCGUGACGCCGCUGCUGGCGGUGGUGACGCUGGAUGUGCUGUGGAACAUGGAUGCGGCGGCGCGGGCUACUCCACUGCUGCAAGUGAUCAUCACGGCCCUCCGCGCUCACCAAGUCCCCGCCGAGGCAGGCGCUGCCGCCGCAGCCGCCGCCGCCGCUGCCCGCCGCCGCCGCCGCGGCGGUCGCUUCCGCGGUCGCCCCGGCGGCGCUCGCGACGGCGCCGCACUGCGGCACACCAGCCUGUGGAUGCUGCUGGAGCCCGCCCGCUGGCUGGCAGCACAGUUGCAUGCAGCACUGGAGGAGCAGGCGGAGCGUAGAGCAGGAGGAGGAGGAGGAGGACAGCAACCACAACUACAGCAGCAGCCGGGAGGUGGUGGUAUUAUGGGGGCCGAGGCGGAGGUGGUGGUACGGCGGGUCGCGCAGGCUGCUCGGCAGCAGGGGCUGCUGGGUCUGGGG